CUCAGUUCUCCUUCCAACUUACUCGAUGAAUGCAGACAAUCCUCCUCGGAAGAAAUACUUCAGGUGGAGGCAGAAGAAAAGUCGUUCAGAACCUGAUUUUGCAGAGGAGAGUAUCAGGAGGGCAGCCAACGAUCCGUCCUCUCUCUCGCCUUCGAGUAAUGGAUUUCGCAAGUUACUUAACAAGGUCACCAAGCGCUUCGCUCGAAGCGCUCGACAGUCUCCUAACCCUGAAACCACCGCUGCAAGUUCCAGCGCACAGGCUAUCCCACCCAUUCAGACAACCAAGGAUCCUGUACUACACACCGCUCCCACUCUCGAAUCGAAUCCUGACCUGUCUUCAAAUUCAGGUAUUGUGAAGGCCGAAUUGCUGCCUGACAUGGAGCUUGUGACGGAAACGCUCGCGCAUGCCCAAACAGGUGUCGCAGGCAUCGGCUAUGCCUCAACAUUUGUCCAAAAUACUUCUUCAGCAGCCGACAAGUUACAACCUCUUCCCAAUGUAAUCGACACAUUCUCCGCAAUUCUCGGACCAUUGAAGGUGUUCAACUCUGUUGCCACCAGGCUCGCAGAUGUCCAUCCGUAUGCAAAAGCGGCAUUGAGUGUAUUCACCUGCGCAUCCAAGAUGAUUCUCGAUCAAGCAAACCGCGAUGAUGCUGUUCAUGGUCUCCUCAUGAAGGUCUCGGACGUCUAUAC